GAUCAUCAGAGCAUAUGAAGCGCACCAGAACACGGAGCUCAUCCUUUAACACACGCUGACUGACAGAGACAUGCAGUGGUGACCCCCUGCGUGGCUGGGUUACAUAUCCCCUAUUUGUGAUCAGCUUUGAGGUAAAGAACAGAAAGAACAGGACAGAGGGCAAGGAGACGCGCUAACUUCGAUCCUUCUACAAUGACGGCUAAAACUCUGGAGAAAGUGCCGGUGAAUCUCGGAGGGUUCGCGCAUGCCGAGAGCGUGUACUCCAUGGAUGACAUUGCUACCAGUUUGCCGACCUCUGUGGCGAUCUUCCCCAACAACGACUUGGGAGCGCAUUACGACCAGAUUAAUGUGGCAGCAGAUGGCUUGAUGGGCGCAGACAUGAGUGCAGAAAAACGCUCCCUAGACCUCUCUUCAUAUUCCAGCAGCUUCUCGCAGCCUGCAGCCCAUCGCAACCAGACCUUCACCUACAUGGGGAAGUUCUCCAUCGACUCUCAAUAUCCAGGUAACUGGAACCCCGAGGGAGUGAUCAACAUCGUCUCGGGGAUCUUCAACGUGGCCCAGCCGCCUCCUCCUCCUCCUCCCUGCUCUUCAGCGUCCUCCUCCCCGGCUUCUUCAGGAUCUCCCAAUCACUUCUCCAGUGGUAAUUUGAGUUGCACCAUGGCGGCUCAGAGCCAGGCAGAGCUAGAGCACCACCACCACUUGUACUCACCACCGCCUCCUUACUCCACCUCCGGCUGUGGGGAGGUAUACCAGGACCCCUCUGCAUUUUUGUCCACCUCUACCUGCCCCAUCGCCUCUUACCCUCCACCCUCCUACUCGUCACCCAAGCAGCCCGGAAGCUCAGACGCACCAGGGCUUUUCCCCAUCAUCCCCGACUAUUCGGGCUUCUUCCAGCCGACUUGCCAGCGGGACAUGCACACAGCAGGCAUCCAGGAUCGGAAACCGUUUGGCUCUUGUCCCCUUGAUACCUUCCGUGUCCCUCCACCUCUGACCCCCCUGAACACUAUCAGGAACUUUACUCUGGGGGCUCCGGGUAGUGGUGCCUCCGAGGGAGGGGCGCCGAGGCUCCCCUCUGCGUACAGCCCACAGAAUCUGCCCCUGCGGCCAAUCCUGCGACCCAGAAAGUACCCGAACAGACCCAGCAAGACACCAAUCCACGAGCGGCCGUACCCCUGUCCAGCGGAGGGCUGCGACCGGCGCUUCUCGCGAUCAGAUGAAUUGACCAGACACAUCCGCAUCCACACUGGACACAAGCCCUUCCAGUGUCGGAUCUGCAUGCGUAACUUCAGCCGCAGCGACCACCUCACCACUCACAUCCGUACGCACACGGGAGAGAAGCCGUUCGCCUGCGACUUCUGCGGCCGCAAGUUUGCUCGGAGCGACGAGAGAAAGAGACAUACAAAAAUUCACCUGAGACAGAAAGAGAGGAAGUCCUCCACUGUCUCCUCUUCCUCCUCUUCCUCAUCCAGCAGCUCCGGACUGGACCGGUUAUCAGGCGGCAUCAGCGCAGCCAACGGGAUCUGUUCGUAGGUUUCCGUGGAAAGCUUUGCUGCCACCGAGGCAGUGUGAACUAAAACUAAACUAAGAAGAAAACCUAAAACAGAAGGGUACCAUCAGAACAGUUCUUCAGCUAUUGUGAACUGAAGACCGCGGUCCAAUCACCAGGAUGGGAAUAAACAAGAACUUUUGUGCAGCGGUGCGCAGAUACGCACAUUCUCCCAUUCCUGCCGCAGAACUGAGUGAAGGACUGACACGAAUGCACUUUGACUGCACAGUCUAUUGAAAAUACAAAUAAAAAAGCCAAUACAAUUCAUACAAAAUUAAUAGAUCAUUUGUAAUGUAAAGGGGACUUUAUGAAAUAAAAUCUAGCCAACACUUAACUAAGAGCCCAGCUUUUGUGCGCGAAUGUGAAAUAACUGCAAUAACGUUUCAAAGAAAUUAAACAAUUUUAAGUUAUUAAAUUGACAAUGAAUUCAUCUUAACAUGUUUGUGGAACUCUUAAUUUUCCCUUUAGUGCCUUGCUGUGUGUCUUUUUGUACACAUACUGAUUCAAGGACGCUUCUAUCGCAAUGUAUAUUUGUCCUUUCAUAUGUAAAGUUGGAGACAUUCUAUUUUUGUACGCAUUUUGUCUCGUGUAACUCCAUUUGUU